AUGCCGAUGAACGACAGUCGACCAAAUGUUGUUGUCGUUGUUAGUCUUUAUGAUACAAUUGCAAGUGUGUUUCUUGGAUAUACGAAUAAAGCUUUCGUACGACAACAAACGCUGGCGACUGGUAGUGGAUCUCGACUGAACUCUUUCAUUGUUAGCGACUUUAAUCGAGAUCACCAACUAGAUUUUGUCGCGACUAAUCUUGAUGACAAAAUUGUGCGUUUAUUAUAUAAGCAUUCUAAUCGAUCUUUUUCAAGCCAAAAUCGAACUUUCAACGUUCGCUAUCAAAGCGAGCCAUGGGCAGUUAAUAUUAUUGAUUACAAUAACGAUACAUUUCUGGAUGUUACCAUGGCCAAUCAUUGUUCUAGUAACGUUGGUAUUUUUCUUGGCUUCGGCAAUGGUUCAUUUGAUGAUCUCGAAAUGUUGUCAGUUGGUUAUAUAGCACUGCCGAUAUCUGUAGUUAUAGUAGUGAUUUCAACAAUGACAAAAGAACAGAUUCCGCAACUGCUAUUGAAGCAUAUACCCGUCCGAACAAGUCAUGAUCAAAGUAUAGGAAAGCAACCCUUGGCUGUAAUAACAGUAAUUAUCCAUUCAUUUGCCGAUGUUUUGACUCUCAAGGACAAUCCCCAUCUUACCUUUUGUCAAUACUAUAUAACUCGAAUCAACGUUCCAAAAUUUUUAUCGCUUGACAACGUUCGUUUACGCCUGUUAUUUCGAGUCCUUCGAAGUACUGCGGGCUGUGGCCCUAUGGGACUUAAUAUUGAUAAACUUCUGCAGAAGCUUAAUCGCAAUACACUUAUUCCUUGCUGCGUACAGCACGAUGCAUGCUAUCAAACAUGUGGCAACAAGCGAUCAGUCUGCGAUGAUAGGUUUUAUACUUGCUUGAAAACUGCAUGCUCUCGACAAACUCCAGUUUCUCGUGAAUGUUCUACAAUUGCAACUAGCAUGUAUACGGCUGUGCGUGGCGGUGCGGCUCAUUGCAACAAUGGUGUAAGAGACACCGCCGAAACUGGUUCGGAUUGUGGUGGAGAAUGUUCAAUAGGUAGAAAAUGUAAUGAGAAGUCGACUUGCAAUAAGACCACAGAUUGUGAUACUGGAGUUUGUGCAUCAAAUAUUUGCCUACCUGCUCACUGUAAUAAUAAAAUCAUGGACUUUUCGGAAACCGGCAUCGAUUGUGGUGGACCAUGUGCCAACGGAAAGAAAUGUAACGACGAAGCGAAAUGUAACAUGUGUGGUGGCUGUGUCAGCGAUGUAUGCGAAUCAAACGUUUGCCUCCCUGCUCAAUGUAAAAACUUGGUCAUGGAUUCGGGAGAGACUGGUAUUGACUGUGGUGGAGUAUGUGCCGCUGGAAGAAAAUGUAGAAAUUAUGCUGGGUGUGCAAAAGAUUCUGACUGUGCCAGCAGUUAUUGUGCAUCGAAUGUAUGCAUCCCAUCCACGUGUAACAAUGGUGUGAUUGAUUCUAAUGAAACAGGUACUGACUGUGGAGGAGUAUGUGUACCUGCGAAAAAAUGCAUGACGUACACUGGUUGUAAAGAAAAUAUUGACUGUAGUAGUGGCUUGUGUUCAUCUGAUACUUGCAUACCUACUGAAUGCAAUAAUGACAUACUCGACUCUGGAGAGACUGGCAUUGAUUGUGGUGGAAAUUGUGCUCCGGGACAGAAAUGUCCCGAUGGAAUUGGAUGUAAUACGGGCUCAGAUUGUUUGUUUGGCAAUUGUUAUAAUGGCUUUUUGUGGUAUGUAAUGUUAUUUUGGAAAUGCGAUGAGAGGUACCGCUUAACUGCAGCCACUUGCCACUCGCCCUGUCUAAAUGGUGGUACAUGCAUUGCAGCUGGAGUUUGUCAAUGUCUCUUGGGAUUGGCAGGACCAACAUGUGCUAUACAAAUAAGUUGUCCUACAGAUUCUCAACCAUCUGCGUCGGGUACAUGUGUUAACACUAGAGUGAAUUUCAAUAAUUGCGGUGGGAUCGGCGUUGUGUGCUCAGGAAGCGACAUCAGCUGUUCAAAUGGCAUUUGUAGCACCACUAUACCACCUGUAGUAUUACAGGAUCCAAUGAUAAUUUCAAGUUGGGGCGAUACCGGCACUGUAGAUGACCAAACAACGAGCAUUACUUUGCCCUUCUACGUGGAAUUUUACAACUAUCGAACAUUUACUCUUACGUUGUCAAGCAAUGGAGUUGUGUGUUUUGGUGGAUGCUCAAUGGACUAUCUUAACACAAACUUGCCAAGUAGCUCCUUUUCCAACGCAACGAUUUUUGCGUUCUGGGAUGAUCUAUAUCUUGCACAUGGCACAACAUCACAAGGCAUCUAUUAUUCGACAACUGGAGGAGUUCCAAAUCGACAGUUCACUAUUGAAUACUACGCUUCACGCAGUUCGCAGCUUUAUCGUUUUCAAGUUGAGAGAAAUCUGAACACUGCUGUUCAAGUUAUCUUCGAUGAAAAUUCUCUGGGUAUUGUUACCAUUCGAUACUUUCAGGCUGAUGAUGGAGGAGCAUACGCCACUAUUGGGGUUCAGGAGUCUUCCACUGGAUCUUUCAUGCAAUACGCCGCUAACACGGCAAAUGCUGUGCCUGUGGGCUCAGAAAGCACAAUCAGUCCGACAUUGACAUUAAUAUUCAAUUCGAAAACCAAUACAUUCACCAAAACUCCCUGA